AUGACCAAAAGAAAAAGGGCCAAUGAAAAUGAAAGAUCUGAGAAAGAGGCUUCCUCGGACCAAGCGGCCCGUUCGAACCAACGCUUUCGGGCGUUUAUUAACCGUUGGAGGGAGGACGUCGAGGACCCCUCCGCGGUGCGGCACCCUUCUUCCUUGCGCCCCCUAUGCCCACUACCGACCCUACUGGAGUUUUUAGCACCUCGCUCUCCCCACCGUAGUAAUGUUGGGACCUUUACGAAGGAAUCCACCCAGGGAGCGAUCGCCGCUUGCGAGGGCGUGAGCGGCACUGGGGUCGUGUAUGAUGAGUACAUGCUCCAGCACGUUUCGCCCGACCCGCGCGAGCUUGAGCGGCCGUCUCGUCUUCAGCGAACCAUCGCCCAUCUCACGGCGGUGGGACUUCUUGGGUGUUGUGUGCGGCUCAACGCGAAAAAGGCCACAACAAGGGACCUGCGCCGGGUCCACACCAAGGAGCAUAUCGAUUACGUUGACCAGCUCGAUUUUUUCAUGCAAUUCAAGGACGAUGGCUCCAUGAGCGUGGGGCAGGAUCUAUACGCCUGCGAGAGCACGUCCAAAGUCGCCCGUAUGGCGGCGGGAUCGGUCGUGGAGGCGGCGCUCGCCGUCACGGAGGGGCGAGUUCGGAACGCGUUUGCCUUCGUGCGCCCGCCCGGACACCACGCCUGCGCGGAGUUGCCAUCUGGAUUUUGCUUCUUCAACAACGUCGCCGUUGCCGCCCGCGCGGUUCAGGAAAAGCUUUCCCCGGAUUCCUUCCGUAGAAAAGAAGGGAAGCCACGCGUACUGAUCCUCGAUUGGGACGUGCACCACUGUGAUGGGACGGAGUCGAUUUUCUACGAGGAUCCAUCCAUUAUGGUCAUUUCCAUCCAUCAGUAUGCAAAGAGGCGUGGUCAUAUUCUGCGGAAACCGUCUUCCCGUACCGAAGCCCCCUCAAACACCGCGGACCAAUCCCCCCCCGAACCCACCACGGAUCUUAGUGUCGAGGCAUUGGGGAAGCUUCUGCCCACCGAUGAGGAGAUGCAAAGGUGGAAUGGGGAAUGCGCGGACGUGUUGGCCCUUCCCAAGGGUGACCCCGACCUGCCGGCCACGACUGAAAAAAGGGUGCAUGGAAUGAUCGACUACAACAAGCUGGCGGCGGAGCUGAUAGCGGACGACAACGAGGCGGCCGCCAUGCUGGGUGUGGAUUUGUCCGGAUCCUCCGCUACCGGUUCGGAAACAACGUCAACGGAUAGCUCCGGAGGCAGUGAAACCGGGAUGAGGGGAGGCCCCGCGUGUCGGCACGCCGGCGAUACCGAGGGGCUUUCACUCAACAGCAAAAUUGACUCCUCCAGUUUGGGAUUGGGUAGUGAAGAACUUUUCUACCCCGGCACCGGCCAUCUGAACCGCAUCGGGGGCGAGCAAAACGCUGCGGCGCGGGGGCGAAACCUGAACAUACCCUGGCCCACUCACGGCAUGGGUGACUUGGAGUACCUUCACGUUCUAAAUGAAAUCGUGGUCCAUGUCAUGAUGGAGUUUAGUCCCCAAGUUGUUAUUAUUAGCUGCGGGUUUGACAGCGCCUCUGGGGAUUUACUGGGCUCAAUGAAUCUCACCCCCUCGGGCUACUACAUGAUGACCAAAUGUAUUAGUCGGCAUGCCCCGCGCCUUGUGGUGGCCCUGGAGGGUGGCUAUCACGUGUCCAAUAUUGCCCUCUGCUCCGAGGCGGUUCUGCGAGCGCUUCUGGAGGACUCUAUGCCCGACGGCGCUCCCGCUUUGCCCCGAUCUCGCAUGCUUUUGGCGCAAAGCAACGACCUAAUCCAGUCGAUAAAGGAGCAGUACAAAGGGGUUCUGAAGUGCUUCAGUAACGCUUCAUAG